UGUUUCUUCUCUAAUACACCACAAAUUAACAUUAGAAAAACAGAGGAUAAUGGCUGAGGAGAAACGCCACCACUUCUUCCACCACAAGGAGGAGGAGGAGACCCCCUCUGACCCCAGGAAGGAGGAGAAGCACCACAAACACUUGGAACAGCUGGGCGGUCUUGGUGCCGUUGCCGCUGGCGUUUACGCCUUGCAUGAGAAGCACCAGGCGAAGAAGGACCCAGAGAACGCACACAGGCACAAGAUCACGGAGGAGAUCGCAGCGACCGUAGCGGUGGGUAGUGCGGGGUUUGCGUUCCACGAGCACCAUGAGAAGAAAGAGGCAAAGAAGCGUGACGAUCAGUAGGAUCAUCGCCUAUUUGGUCGAAUCUGUUUGAUUGUUGGUGACGGUUGUCUUUGAGAGUAAUGAUCAUGUUAUGUCUUUUUUCUGUGUUGGUUUGUGCUUAUUUAUUUUCCUUCUAAGAAUAUUGUAAUAGACCAUCCUAUUAAUAAAUUAUUGAGAUUGUUGUGAGUAA